GUCCCCAUGGAAGAUUCAGGCCUGUCCAGAAGUGUUGAUGUGGACACGGGCUUUGCCAUUGCCUUUGUUGUUCUUCUGUUUCUAUUCCUAAUUGUGAUGAUUUUCCGGUGUGCCAAGUUGGUGAAAAAUCCCUACAAGGCAAGCUCCAUCGCCACAGAACCAUCGUUGAACUGA